UGCGUAUGUUGCAGCAUCGAUUGUGUGUUCUGUUCAUUUGAAGAGAAAAUGACACUGGCAAUGCGUGUCAUCAUGAACACACAUCAUCAAGGACUUAACCUGACACAUAAACGCUUUGAUACUUUAUGAUCACCUGUAGUGUAAUGACUGAACUCUUGACUCUCCCCUCAUCUUGAUUGCCUUUCAAUAAACAGCAGCACAAUGAAGAUGAAGCUUUGGUUGGGACCUCUGGUCCAAGACAUGAUUUUCUUCAAGGGGAGAAUGCUGCAGUGGUGGGCAGUCAUACUGAUGCUGUGCUGCAACACUGUGAGUGAGGCCUGUCUGCAGUGUGACAAAGAGAUCUUGAACACGCACGAAGACUUUUCCUUAUCUGCCUCCACUCCACAAAAGCAAAUCGAACGGGAAAAGAUUAUUGAUAAUGUCUAUAGCAAAUACAAGGAAGCAAGCCGGGAACUGAAGGGCAUCAUAGAUCCGACCACCCUGUACAGAGUCAAAACUGAGUACCUGAGUGAAUUUAAUCGGUUCUUGGAUGCAGAUUACAGUGGACUUUCUCAAAGAGACUUCAUUCAUAUCAUUGAACAAGGGAAGAAGAUUUUAGUCACACACUUGAAAAAGUUCAUAGCUGACAAAUUGUGCCCCAACAAGUGUGGGCUCUUGCAGAGACGGGUAAUGGAUUGCAUGUCAUGCAAGUACAAGAUCUACAGCUGUCCAUCUCCGUCCGGCAAACUGGAUUGUGGUGAAUACCAGAUUGAGGCUGAAGAGGGAGGACAUGCAUUUCUGGACUGUUUCCAACCAUGGCAUUCACUUGUUUUUGGGAGCCUCUCAUACACCUGGACCUCUGACACAAAGGUCAAUGGUCCGAACUCAGGAUAUAAGAUAGUAAUGGAGGAGUCUAGCAUGGUGUUAAAUCAGCUCCACUUGAGGGAUCAGGGGACGUACCGGUGCUCACUGACGGGCCAAGAUGGGACUGAGUUCUACCGAGUUGCAGUGCACUUGACUGUCACUCGAGCGCCAACCGAAACAUAUCGAUCUAGCGUUUCACUGCCUGCGUUGACUCCUGAAGACGAAGAAUCACUUCAACACGACAGAGGCGCGCUGGUUCCGCUCAUGGCUGUAGUCACGGCUCUUAGUCUGGCAGGUUGCCUCAUCUUCAUUGUUGUCAUUGGAAAGAUGAUGAUUCAGCGAAGAAAAACAUCGGCGACACAGAGAAGCAGGGUGGAGGAAGAAAAUAACACAUUCACCUCUGUGUGGGCCAGAUGGCGUGCACAGUAAAUGGUUCUUGUGGGAUUGGAAAUUUCAAAUGUACUUGAUGUUUUCUUGUCAUGCUGUCAUCGCUGGUCCACCCGAUUGUAUUUUGGUCUCAUCCGACCAAAGCACCUUCUUCCACAGGUUUGUGGUGUCCCCUUUGUGGCAAACGGGACUUCUCAUGCCUGUCUUUCAACAGUGGUUUUCUUCUCGCCACUCUUCAUAAAGUGCACUACUUAUAGGAAGUGUAGUUGCUCUAAAUUUUUGCACAACUUUAUCCCUGACAUGUCUGAUGUGUUCCUUUUGUCGUGAUGCUGUUUUUUUACUCACAUUCUGUAACAAACAGCCGAUAACUUCAUAGAGUAGGUAAAUGUAAACUGAGUAAAAUUGUGUUGGCCUAUCUUAUAAAAUUUGUUUGUGAUUGUAAGGUCAGAAAAUCUGAAAAAGCUUUCCAGAAAACCACCAGCCAUAUGGGAGGUGAGUGGGCGGCCUGGUCACAUGGGCGUUCACGAUACGAAUUGGAUGAUCUCAGCAUCUGGGUUGCAGUGUUUUUCAGAUAUUAAGUACUCCCGCCAUACAAAUAAUCCGGGAUAAUCCCCAUGUGGGAAGGAGGUAUUCAGAAUUUCUAUUCUAUCUAACAUAUUCUUGUCAAGAAAAUUUGGGGUUUGACUUCCGGUUUAAGGAGAAAAAUCCACCUAUUUUUCUCCCAUCUCGGGGAUGCCUUGUAUUGCCCACUUGCUGUUGACUGAGAAUGACAUCACAGUGCCUAAGGGUUCAGGUAACGACCGUCACGGCUCACGUUUUUCUGGGUUCGGUCGUGUGAUCUUCGCAAGAGGAGCCCUUAGGCACUGUGAUGUCAUUUUCAGAACGAUCCUUUAAAGACAAGGCACAAUGGCAUUAUCAAGUAAUGAUACUCGGAAUCAGCAAGUAUUCAAAUGUCAGUGCUAAUACCAAAAAAA